AUGCCUCGACGACUGCGCUCAUGGUUCCAGACGCAUGUUAAGCGAUACAGAAAUGCGGAGGAUAGGAAAGGUUCUAAGGAUCAAGAACAGUCUCGCCCUGCACCUCUGCUCAAGUUGCCGACGUCUACACAGCACAUCCCCGCCACUCCCUCUACGUCCACCUCCCGACUCCCAGUCACUCCGGCUACCGGCUCCAUCGAUAUAGAGACGUCCACCCCACAGCCCCCAGCCGCUCCAGCUACUGGUUCUGCCAACAUAGAGACGUCCGCCGGCGCGGAUGACACCACUGUUCACCCCCACGCCGCUUCGGCUACCAAUCCCACCAACACAGAGACGCCCGCCAGCGCAGAUGACACUACUACCAGCUUACCUGUACGACUCUGGGACCGUGCCUAUAAUGAGCUUAAACAAGAAGAGGUCAAAUUGGUGGACUCAUAUGAGAAGAUACUGUCCCGACAGCUACAGGAUGGCCCCGGCUCAACGGUGCCCGAGUCCCAGUCGAACACCAUCGCCCACAACACCUUGGACAGGCGCUGCCAAAUGACCCAGCUUAUCAAUGCUGGCCUAGCCAAGACUGAGAGGGAGGUCAAGGCGAAAGAGAGCCUUGGC